AUGUCGUGUAUGUCCUCCAAGGCACGAGAUGCCUUUCUCAUGCCUCUCUCUGCUCCCCUUUGGCCGUCGCCGUCGCCUGCCGACUCAACUGGCCUCGUCGCCGCUGUCGUUGUUGCUGCUGCCGUCGCCUGUUUGCUUGCCAUUGGCCUUGUUUCGCUUUGUUCUCCGCUCCAUUUCCCCGAUGCCAUCUUCAGCCAUACGAUACGCCCGCGGUCCCACCAUCUGUCACCACCACUGCUUUGCUUUGUUGCUCUCACUGCCGCAUCGCUGUUCCCUCUCACCAGUCGCCCUCUUCUCUUCUUCGCCUUCUACUCUCCCCUCUGCUGCUGCCGCAGUCAGAUAGCAUACGAGGAGCGCAUCGACAGCAACAUCACCACCUUGACCACCACCAAUGCCGAUACCCUCAAUGGAGUCAUCCAAGGUCUUUUAUACGUUCCCGACAUUGCUCGGAUGCCGUCUUGUGAUGCCCAGCAGUACGACUUCAUCCCCAGAAAUGUCACUCGCCGCGCCAACCUCCCCCCUACCAACUACAACCUCAUCGCCCUUGCUCCUUGGUUUAGCAUAGACUGCACCGAGGCCUACCUCGCCGCCGCCCGCGCCGACCCCAUCCGCGCCUUCAUCUUCUACAAGCCAAACAACUCCUCCAACAAGCCCCAGGAUGUCUACUCACCCGUCUGGAACCUCGACGAUGACGGCGCCUGGAGGAAGCAAAACCAGUAUCCCGUCUUUGCCGUCUCGGGACUCGAGGGUCAAAAAAUGAUGACUCAGCUCAGCCUCUACUCAGGAACCGUCAACCAGAUCCCCCAUGGCUCAGAGAUAUCGCAGCUGUAUGGGCCCAACCCGAAGGACUAUGUUCGGAUAUGGACCGAGUUGAAUAUGAAGAAUCCCACCAACAUCCCGGCUCUGUGGAUAUUCUUCCUCAUCGUCAUCGGCGCCUUGCUCGCCAUCAUCGGUGGCAUCUCACUCACCAUGCACCUCAUACAGAGGCGUCGCCGCAUAUCGUUGAAACGUCGUGUCAUGUCUGGCGAGGUUGAUCUCGAGGCCAUGGGUAUUAAGAGGCUCACCGUCCCGACGACCUUUGUUCAGGGGUUUCCGCUUUUCACUUACAACCAAGACCCAGACGCACCCAGUGGCCCGCCGACUCCCUCUUCUCCGGGUAUGCGUGGUACAUCUCGUUCUGGAAACCCCUCAAGGAGAACCCACCGACACGACCGGAAUGCUCCCAGCGACAUCGUAUCUCCCAGUGAGCACAGCGUCCGCAGCACACGAAGCGUUCGGAGUAAAAGGUCAAGUAUAACAGGGUCCGAUACCACCGCCACAAACUUCCAACCGAAAUGCCACAUUUGUCUCGACCGCUUCGAACAUCGCGUCACCAUCAUCAAAGAACUGCCCUGCGGUCACAUCUUCCAUCCCGAUUGUAUAGACGAAUUCCUGCUCGAAAAUAGCUCACUAUGUCCAAUGUGCAAGCAUUGCAUGUUACCCCCCGGCUACUGCCCUCCCAUUACCAACGGAAUGGUCCGCCGUGAACGGGCCCUGCGGAAAUUACGAGGAAGGAUAGAUUUGGAUUACUCGUCCAUAGAAUCUGGCGAGACCAAACUCAGAGGCUGGGGAAGGAAAAUCUUCAGUUCGGGCAGUCAUGCGACUUCCCCUGACGUUCCCUUGACUCCCGUCAAGACCAGCAAACAGGGUAGAGAUGCCAAUGCCAAGAAGACGCCGACGUCUUCCGGACAAACUGUCACAGAUACGGAAGCCAUCAGAGAAAUACCCUCGACAACGCCGUCUGGGACAACGAUUAUGGACAUAUCCGAAUCCGAAGACGAUUCCAUCAGAGAGACAACACCAGCGGCGAUACCCGCGGCGCCGCAGACUCCGGCGCCGACGACUCCAGCGCCCACAACACGCGCCAAGCGCAAGCCCCAGCCUCGUGCCUUGAGGCUGCUACCUACGGCUACCGAAGGUGUUGAGCUGGUAGUGACACAUCCCGCAGGGGGCCACAGUCCAUCGUCGUUUGCUCGCGAGCGCAUGCGAGAGAUUGCGAGCCAGAACGCGCCAUUUGACGAUCCUGACCUGAAGCGUCCCAAAUGGCGUCGUGUUGUUUCGAGCGUAUUUCCCGGAUUCGUGUAG